AGGCUCAUUCCAGCCAUUUUCUCCUGCAAGUGUGUGAAAUUCAAGAGCAUACUCAGCAACUCAUCGUCUUUUCCCUUCUUUGGUGGCGAGUAGUUAUUUACCGGACCUCCAACCCUUCAGGACUGUGAUUAAGAACUCGGCAAAAGAACUUGAACUGCUUGUAGUAGGACGUGGGUUCUCCACCCUUCUCCCAGACACCGGUCACCCACUUGAGUGCUUUACUGGGAAGGCACAUCAUCAAGUUAAAAUCAACUUAAGUUCAAUGAAACAUCUUCAUAAACGUUAAGUAUCAUAACCCAUCAUCCCAAAUAAACAAAACAUGACAAAAAACUGAUUCAAACACAAAUCAAAAAAUGUUACUCACUGAAUUGUUCUUAAAGAACAUAGACGCAUCAUCCCCAAGAAUGACUGGAAGUCCUCUCAGGAUGAGACAUCUAAUGGCUGUUGGCUCAGUGCUCUGCAAAGAGGUGGAACCAUUUGUGCUCACCAAGCCUGGGCAAGUCUCCAGGUGUGGCAGGAAAGCCAGGCAUUUCCGACGUCAGUGUCCCCUCAAGAAGUCGGAGAUUCUGAUCUGCAUUCCUGAUGCGCCUCGGUCUUCCCCCAAUCAAGCAGGAGCAUACAGUGUAGCAUUGUGCAUAUGGCUUCACCGUGGUGGAAGCGUUUCACCUUGCUGGUGGAAAAUAGCACUAUGCACUCAAACAGUUGCUUCAGUGCCACCCAGAACACGGUGCUGAUGGACGUGAGCUUUGGUGGAGUGCCUCUCGUUUUGCUGCUCGACUUCAUCGUCUUCAUAGUGUUGCUGCUGGUCUUCAGUUGUAUCAGGAAGAAACUCUGGGAUUAUGGAAGACUGGCACUAGUAGCAGAAGCUGAAGGGUUUAAUGAGAUUUCUAGACGUCGUUAUGGUAGGAUGACAUCAUUCAUGUCCAUUGAAGAGCGUGAGCAUGAGCGGGGAUUUUGUUCUUGGUUGAGCUUCAUCAUCAGAAUGGAUGAAACAAUGGUGAAAGAGAGGUGUGGGAUGGAUGCUGUGCACUAUCUGUCAUUUCAGCAUCAUCUUAUUGUUCUCCUGCUCAUCAUCUCUGUGCUGUCUGUUUCUGUGAUCCUCCCAGUCAAUCUCUCUGGAAAACUGCUGGCACCCAUAGCUGUCGGCGUAAGAGAGGACAAAAAAGUGUCAUACAAUUUUGGCAGAACAACCAUUGCAAAUCUUGAGAAAGGGGAUAAUCUGCUUUGGUUGCACACAGUAUUUGCAGUUCUGUAUCUCAUCCUCACGGUGGCACUGCUGAGACAUCACACCUCACAAAUGAAAGGAACCAGAAGAGAGACAGCUAGAACAACACUGUUUGUAUGCUGCAUCCCUCCCACUGCUAGUGAAGACAGUUUAAGGAUUCAUUUUACAGAGGCAUACCCAUCCUGCGAGGUGAAGGAUGUUCGUUUAUGCUACGAUGUGGCUAACCUGAUCUACCUGAUGAAUGAAAAGAAGCGAGCGGAGAAAAACUUGCUGUAUUACCGCAAGGUCCUUGAAUCCCAAGGGCAACAGGAAGUCAUCAACCCCCGGCCUUGUGGGCAUCUCUGCACCUGCUGCACAUGCCAAGGGUGUGAAAGGGUUGAUGCUAUAGAAUACUACAGUUCUCAGGUGGCUCAACUUGAAGAAGAAUUGACAAAGCAUAAAGAUAGUAGCGUGCAGCGUUCACUGGGAAUGGCUUUCGUCACACUCCAGACUGAAUCCAUGGCAGCUUACAUUCUUAAAGAUUUCAAUGCUCUUGAAUGUGGAACUGGGUCUCAGGAAAUGGCAAGAACGAGGGAAAUAACAUGUGGCUGUCAUACGGAGUCUCAGCCUUCAUCCACUAGUGAACAGCUGAAAGUAAAAAAGUGGAGAGUGAGCUAUGCACCCCAUCCAGAUAACAUCUAUUGGGAGAACCUAUCGAUGCAGAGCUGGGUGUGGUGGUCUCGAUAUCUACUGUUGAACAUUUUACUCUUCAUCCUACUCUUCUUCCUCACCACUCCGUCGAUAGUCAUCACUACCAUUGACAAGUUCAAUGUCACAAAACCCAUCGCCUACCUAAAUAGUGCUAUUAUCAGUCAGUUCUUCCCAACUCUGCUCCUGUGGUUCUUCUCUGCACUGUUGCCCACCGUAGUCUACUAUUCUACACUGCUGGAGGGCCACUGGACCAGGUCAAGUGAGAAUAUGAGCAUGAUGUACAAGCUCUACAUCUUCCUGCUCUUUAUGGUGCUUAUCCUGCCAUCACUGGGGCUCACCAGUUUAGAUCUGUUUUUCCGAUGGCUCUUUGAUUCUCACUCAAAUCAGAAGCUGAAGUUUGAGUGUGUGUUUUUGCCAAAUCAGGGUGCGUUCUUUGUGAAUUAUGUGAUCACUGCAGCAUUUGUAGGUUCUGGGAUGGAGUUGCUCAGAUUGCCGAGUUUACUGCUCUACGCUGUGCGCAUGGCUCUUGCACGUUCUGCUGCAGAGAGGAAAUAUGUUAAACAGAAUCAGGCAUACGCAUUUGAAUAUGGGGCAAUGUAUGGAUGGACUCUGUGUGUCUUCACAGUCAUUGUGGCCUACAGCAUCACCUGUCCAGUUAUAGCACCAUUUGGUUUUCUCUAUAUAACCUUAAAGCACCUGGUGGACAAACACAAUCUGUACUUUGCAUACCUGCCUGCUCGCCUCGACCGACAGGUGCACCUGGGAGCUGUCAAUCAAGCCCUUGCCGCACCAAUCAUCUGUCUGUUCUGGCUCUACUUCUUCUCUCUGUUGAGGACAGGAUUCACAGCUGCCACUUCUCUCUUCACAUUGGUGGUUCUGUGUGUGACCAUCAUCAUUGGCAUUAGUUACACUUGUUUUGGCCACUUCAAGUACCUCAGUCCUCAUAACUAUGUUGUUAAGGAUGAAGAUGAAGACUCUGAUGCAACUUCAGAAAGUUCCACUGGCUCUGUGUAUCUUCCUAAGGUAUUGUACCCUGAAGAUGCCUCCAAGUGUCCUGCGGUGGUCAGCCAUCACCAGUCCUAUGGCACUACAGACACCAGACCAACUGUUCUCAGCAAGCAAGAAGAGCAGUGAGACUAGGAUACAUCACAUGACCAUCAGUUAACAGACACAAGCAAUUAAAAAGCAGUCUAACUUUCAUGGCCUUGUGCACUUUAAUAUACAAGGUGAGCCUGACGGUGUAAGAAACUGGGAUGACAGAGUUGUAAGGGUUUACAGAAUGUACUGAGUAGAAACCUGAAAUGGGCGUAGUAUUAACAUUUUGAUGAAGAGGUUAUUUACAGAUGUGGGGUGUCAUUUGUGAUUUUUUUAAAACAAGAAACAUGAGUCAAUUAUUGAUAAAGGACUGAAGGAUGAGAGCAAUUCUGUCAACAAAUAGUUUGCACUGCCACUCCAGAGUUGUGACCAUGACACUGGCCUGUUUGGUUUUCAUACUGUUCCACCCCAAUCUAUGACCACGUAGCAAAAUGGACACUUGAGGAAUAGGAUUGUUUCAUUAAAAAUAUCACAACCGCUGGACUGUCUACUUUGGCAGGUUUCUCAGUAACAAAGCCAUUGUAACAAAACCCAAAAACCUUCAUCAGUUAUAGUUUACUCAGUGCUCCGCCAAUGGGUGUAACCCAAAUGUUUCACAAACUUUUCUGGAACUUGUGCCAAGGAGAAAAGCCAAAUAAAUCAUGACUGUUUGUCUUUGGAUUAAAAGUUAAAUUACCCAAAUGAGUUUGUGGGUUCAACAGCUGUGUUAGAAACAAGUGAUUUUAUAGUUUCUGUCAUUGUAAUGAAUGAUAUUUUUUUGGUGUUCUAUUCAUAAAUGGAUCAAAAUCAAAGGUUUUGUGUUAAAAUGUAAAAUGAUAGUCAAAAUAUAUGUUGUAAUUUGAUAUCCUGCUUUUGAAAUUGUUUGCUGUUCAGUGUUGAUGCUUCUAAUAUUUUAAAACCAGAUUUCUCACAA